CACUCGGCCGUCGCAGUCAGACUGUAACGCGCGCUGACCGAUUGCGCUCAUGCCCCAUGUCGGGUCCGCCCAUAAUGAAGUGGUUGUGCUUGUUUGUGCUGUUUCUGUGUAUGAGGUGCGAGGCCAACAAGCCGAGGCGAGGCCGAGGCAGCAUGUGGUGGGGCAUAGCAAAGGCAGGCGAACCAAAUAACUUAUCACCCUUGUCUCCAAGUGUCCUAUACAUGGACCCGGCUGUUCACGCCACCUUGAGAAGGAAACAGAGAAGGCUAGCGAGGGAGAACCCUGGGGUUCUCGCAGCAAUAUCCAAGGGAGCCAGCAUGGCUGUGGCCGAAUGCCAGCAUCAGUUCAAAUACAGGAGAUGGAACUGUUCUACAAGAAAUUUUUUGCGAGGGAAGAAUCUAUUUGGAAAAAUUGUUGACAGAGGUUGCCGUGAAACCGCCUUCAUCUACGCCAUCACAAGCGCGGGGGUGACGCACGCGGUGUCGCGCGCAUGCGCCGAAGGUUCCAUCGAGUCCUGCACGUGCGACUAUUCUCAUGUGGACCGUUCGCCGCACCGCGCGCGCGCCGCCGCCGCCGCCAACGUGAGGGUCUGGAAAUGGGGCGGGUGCAGCGACAACAUCGGCUUCGGCUUCAAGUUCAGCCGAGAGUUCGUUGACACCGGGGAAAGGGGCAAGACGCUUAGGGAGAAGAUGAACUUGCACAACAAUGAGGCUGGCAGAAUGCACGUGCAAACGGAGAUGCGCCAGGAGUGCAAGUGCCACGGUAUGUCUGGGUCCUGCACGGUGAAGACGUGCUGGAUGAGGCUGCCGACGUUCCGGUCUGUAGGCGACGCCCUGAAAGACAGCUUCGACGGGGCGUCGCGGGUCAUGAUGCCCAAUACCGAGGUGGAGGCGCCGUCGCAGAGGAACGACGCCGCACCUCACAGGGUCCCGCGCCGUGACCGCUACAGGUUCCAACUUCGGCCGCACAACCCUGACCACAAAACACCCGGGGUCAAGGACCUUGUAUACUUGGAAUCUUCACCAGGUUUCUGCGAAAAGAACCCCAGACUGGGCAUCCCGGGUACGCACGGGCGUGCCUGCAACGACACUAGCAUCGGCGUCGACGGUUGCGACCUGAUGUGCUGCGGGCGCGGCUACCGGACCGAGACCAUGUUCGUAGUGGAACGAUGCAACUGCACGUUCCACUGGUGCUGCGAGGUCAAAUGCAAAUUGUGUCGCACGGAAAAGGUAGUUAACACGUGUUUAUAGACGAGCGGUGGACGAUGCGCUUGUGCUUGUGAGAAACUUAGUGUUGGACUUGUGACUCGGACUCGAGUGUGAACCUGUUUGAAAGUAUUCGGAGAGAUAAGAGGCCGUGUACAUAAUCGGUUCACUUUUCUCCGUAUAGGAGUCGUUGAAUUCGUAAUUCAUUUUGACUUAUUUAAAUAGUCCUGUGCCGCUGUUUAUUCCUCGUUAACGCUUGUGACCCGUGAAAUUAAAAUGAGCGGUGCUUGUUCGUUUAAUUUAUUUGACUGUUAAGUGCGAACUUGUGAUCUAGUGAAGUAUAUUUUAAUGUGUACACCGAUGUCGGGACACUGAUGAGACCAGUUUGUGGACCACUCAUUCUUAUCCCGUCUUCGUUAUCGAAAUUGGACUUAUUGGUUUCCUUACGCGGUCAGGUGUGUGAAUUAUUUAAGAUAACCGCUUAUGUGACUACUCACCGGGCGACAGAAAUGUAGACUGCUUUAAAUGGUAUUGUCUAAUAUCAUUAUAAAGUUGAAAUUGUUAUAUUUUAAUGCAGCCGGACGCCUUUGUGCGGACAUUAAAUCCAGUUUUACGUACUUUCUAUUUUAUAGACGUCCGCAUCGGGUGUACUGGUCGUAUUAACUGUUGAGACUCGAGAGCGAAAUUAUCUUGUAAUUAUAAUUUUAUAUUAAUUAUUUCGCCGGUCACUCGAUUUUGUUGCUUAAUACAUUAACAUAAAGUGCCAUCUUGGGUGUUCGCUAAAAAACGUUGCGUUCGUCCCUUAUCAUUGAAUAAGUAGCGCCAUCGUAAAAGUGUCCCACAUUAUGAGAUAAAGGCUCUCGAGAAUUUUAAUUAAAUAUUAAACGAAUUAAAUAAUCAGUAUUAUACGUAUAAUAUGGUAUGCGUGCUACUCCGAUAUUGGAGAUAAAGUUGCACGAAAGCCCGAUUGACACAUGUUAUACGUUUUAAACACUCGCCUGUGCUUUUAAAUUGUCCAUUAUUUAUUUAAGCAUGUACAAAAUAUAUUUCUUUGCCUUUGUAUAUAUAUUUUUUUAAUUAGUAAGGAGAUAACGCAAACUGUUGAUUUGGGUUACAUUUUAUAUGUUCCUACACAAACAAUAGAUAUAUAUAACUUCUGCUUACCUCACACAAAAAUAUAGUUGACUAUUUGCUUCCGAUGUUUUAUUAGGUUGUAAUAUAUGGAAACUCGACAUAUAUAAUAUUUUCUAUUAGACUGAGAAAUACAAUACAUCAUUUUUAAUGCCGCUUAUGAUACGACAGUUUGCAUUAUAAUAUGAGAAGCUUUAUUAAUCAUAAUUAUUCGUAUCAACGUGGAUGAUAUCAUAUGUGAUAUAAAUAUAGUUUAGAUGAUAUUGAUAGCAUAAGUUCACCCACUGAGCUUCAUUAUGUAAUAUAUUAGGAGACGAGAUCGGAACGACGCGAUCAUGUUUCGAAGGUAUUUAUUGAAUAUUAUACAUUAAAUUAUGUUGUUUUUAAAGUUAAUUAAUGAAAUGUUAGUUUAAGUCGCCCGAUAUACGAGUAUAUAAAACAAUAAUAAGAAUCUCCUAACUUUGUUAUCGCUAGAUUCAUAUAUAUCGUCAAAUUCAAAUAAUAUAACUUCAUAAUUAACUCCUUUCAAUUUCUUACGUAUAUCGUCAUUUUGUUAUAGUAUUAUUUAAUAAAAUGUUCAGUAUUAUUCUAAAUUGUGUUUUUGGGUUAAAUAUGUAAAAAAAUGUCAAAUAUUAUAUUUUUAUAUUAUUUGAAUUUUGGAGAUAUAUUUUCAUCAUAUUUACUGAAGACUUAGAAAUAACUUACUUGUAGCCAGGUCAAGAGUUAUUUUACAUUUUCGAAUCUCUUUGUUACUUAACAAAUAACAUAUAACAAAUAGCAUAGUUUGGCCUGAUAAAUUUGCAUUUUCCAAUGAAAAAGUGUCAAUUAAUCCAAGUGUCAGGGGUCAGAUUACUAAAUGUACUAAUUCGAUUCCCACCUCCUUGUAUAGUUGCAAGAGUUAACCCUUACACAAGCUUUUCCCUUAUGAAAUUGGAGGUGAAAUGGAAAAUUCGUGUUGAAGACACGGCACUACCAAAAAUGACAACCUUCACUUUAUCAAGAGUUUUCUUAUUUCUAUGUUCUUUUGUCCUAAGAUUCAGUGACUAUGGUGUUGAGUAGGAUCUGUGAUAGGCCUUCCUACGGUACUUAUUAGUACAUCUUAUAUUAAUAGAUAGGUACUUUGUAAAUAUCAAACAUUUUACUGCUAGUAGGCUUUAUGAAAUCAAAUGUUACGUCAUCAUGUUUAAAAGACUGAAGUUUAUUUUUAUUUCAUAGUUGUAUCAUCCAUUUUUGGAUCACGAAGCCAUUUCUUUCUUAAAUUUUAGCGUUUAAAUGAAUGUGAUACGAAUCGAUUUUAACAAUUUUAUCUGUCGAGAAUUCGAAAUGUAAUCUUUUAUAGAUGACAGUUGUCUCAUUUUAAGAUGCCCUCGUCACAAACGGUUGCCAGUGUAAAAAAAAAACGCAUGUAAAUAUUUUUUAUGAUAAUUCUUAAGUUAUUUAUGUGGAUAUACCAUUUCUUAUUGUUAAUAUUAGAUAAACAAUUACAAUUUAAAUCAGCUGAACGUGUCUGAAUCUCAAAUAACUAUUAUUGUAUAGUGAAUUUACAUAUUAUAAAAUUAUAUUUCGUCCAGUGACUGUUUAGGGGUUGACGCACUAUUGUAAACGAUAUUGGUUGUACAUUAGCAUCUAUUUAUGAUUAAAAUAUUGAUUAGUUGUUACCAAAAAAUACAAAAUUAAUCAAAUC